GGUCCGCCCUGGCGCCCCCUCCCCCGCAGAGGGGCAGCCUCCCCGCACACGGGUCUCAUCCCAGGGGUGCCACCCGCCCACCAGACCCCGCUCCAGUCGGGCCAGCCGUUCAAGUUCUCCAUCCUGGAGAUCUGCGACCGCAUCAAAGAGGAAUUCCAGUUCCUGCAGGCGCAGUACCACAGCCUCAAGCUGGAGUGUGAGAAGCUGGCCAGCGAGAAGACGGAGAUGCAGCGGCAUUAUGUCAUGUACUAUGAGAUGUCCUACGGCCUCAACAUCGAGAUGCACAAACAGGCCGAGAUCGUGAAGCGGCUCAGUGGCAUCUGCGCCCAGAUCAUCCCAUUCCUGACCCAGGAGCACCAGCAGCAGGUGCUCCAGGCCGUGGAGCGCGCCAAGCAGGUGACCGUGGGGGAGCUGAACAGCCUCAUCGGGCAGCAGCUCCAGCCGCUGCCUCACCACGCGCCCCCUGUGCCCCUCACGCCACGCCCCGCCGGGCUGGUGGGCGGCAGUGCCACGGGGCUGCUGGCCCUGUCGGGAGCCCUGGCCGCGCAGGCCCAGUUGGCGGCUGCUAAGGAGGACCGCGUGGGCGUGGAGGCCGAGGCGUCCAGAGCGGAGAGAGGCCCCAGCAGGAGUGCGUCCCCCUCGUCCCCCGAGAGUCUGGUGGAGGAAGAGCGGCCCGGGGGCCCCGGGAAGCAGCCAGUGGAGGACAAGGAGGUGCCCGGACCUUAUGAGAGCGAAGAAGACAAGAGCGACUACAACCUGGUGGUGGACGAGGACCAACCUUCCGAGCCCCCCAGCCCGGCCACCACCCCCUGUGGAAAGGUGCCCCUGUGCGUCCCUGCCCGCCGGGACCUCGUGGACAGUCCAGCCUCCUUGGCCUCCAGCCUCGGCUCACCGCUCCCCAGAGCCAAAGAGCUUGUCCUGACCGAUCUUCCCGCCGGCACACCCGCUUCCAAGUCCUCGGACUCCUCCCCGCCCCAGGACGCGUCCACCCCCGGGCCCAGCUCGGCCGGUCACCUGUGCCAGCUGGCGGCCAAGCCCACGCCUUCCACGGACAGCAUCGCCCUGAGGAGCCCCCUGGCGCUGUCCGGCCCCUUCAGCACCUCCUUCAGCCUCAACGGGGACCUCUCAGUGCCCGGCUCCUACGUCAGCCUGCACCUGUCGCCGCAGGUCAGCAGCUCUGUGGUCUACGGCCGCUCCCCCAUGAUGGCCUUUGAGUCGCACCCCCAUCUCCGAGGCUCGUCCAUCUCCUCGUCCCUGCCCAGCAUCCCCGGGGGAAAGCCGGCCUACUCCUUCCACGUGUCUGCGGACGGACAGAUGCUGCCCGUGCCCUUUCCGUCUGACGCGCUGGUGGGCGCCGGCAUCCCGCGGCACGCCCGGCAGGUGCACACGCUGGCCCACGGCGAGGUGGUGUGCGCCGUCACCAUCAGCGGCUCCACGCAGCACGUGUACACGGGCGGCAAGGGCUGCGUGAAGGUCUGGGACGUGGGCCAGCCCGGCGCCAAGACGCCCGUGGCGCAGCUGGACUGCCUGAACCGGGACAACUACAUUCGCUCCUGCAAGCUGCUGCCGGACGGCCGGAGUCUGAUCGUGGGCGGCGAGGCCAGCACCUUGUCCAUCUGGGACCUGGCGGCGCCCACGCCCCGCAUCAAGGCCGAGCUGACGUCCUCGGCGCCCGCGUGCUACGCCCUGGCCGUCAGCCCCGACGCCAAGGUCUGCUUCUCCUGCUGUAGCGACGGCAACAUCGUGGUCUGGGACCUGCAGAACCAGACCAUGGUCAGGCAGUUCCAGGGCCACACGGACGGCGCCAGCUGCAUCGACAUUUCCGACUACGGCACGCGGCUCUGGACCGGUGGCCUGGACAACACGGUGCGCUGCUGGGACCUGCGGGAGGGCCGCCAGCUACAGCAGCACGACUUCAGCUCCCAGAUCUUCUCUCUGGGCCACUGUCCCAACCAGGACUGGCUGGCCGUGGGCAUGGAGAGCAGCAACGUCGAGGUCCUGCACGUGCGCAAGCCCGAGAAGUACCAGCUGCACCUGCACGAGAGCUGCGUGCUGUCGCUCAAGUUCGCGUCCUGCGGACGCUGGUUCGUGAGCACCGGCAAGGACAACCUGCUGAACGCCUGGCGGACGCCCUACGGAGCCAGCAUCUUCCAGUCCAAGGAGUCGUCCUCCGUCCUGAGCUGCGACAUCUCCCGGAACAACAAGUACAUUGUGACGGGCUCCGGCGACAAGAAGGCCACCGUCUACGAGGUGGUCUACUGACCCCUCCCCUCCCGGCCGCAGAGACCCCGGAAUAAACGUAUUUAUCUCAA